CUUGCCCCAUUUACCCGUACCCGCGUGUCUUGAUUUGUAAAGUGUAAACAUUGAUAUCAGUAGUAAUUGUAUAAAACAAAAUAACAUUAUUUGUUUAGUUUAUUACAUACGCACAUACCCCCUAAAAUUAUAAUUCAAAUUGUUAGACAGCAGUACGCUUUCUUGUGCUGUUCAGUUUUUGAGGUACGCGACUUUGGGUUUGAGUUAUGGUGCUACUCCAAAACGUUUUAUUCGGCGCUUUUCGAAAGAACCCUCGCAAGUACCUGCGUGGAAAGUUUCUCGAUACACUGCGACUAUCGGUGAAGGGAGGACACGGCGGUAACGGGCUGCCGAAAUACGGUGGCGUUGGCGGACAAGGUGGGGCAGUAUAUUUCGUUGCCAAGGAAGGUAAAACCCUGAAGGAUGUAGUACACAAACAUUCUAGCAAACGAAUAGUGGCCGGUAAUGGCGAGGAGAGUAGUAAGGAACGAAUCCUAGGGCGUCGUGGGGUGGACCAAUGCGUGGAAGUACCUGUGGGCAUUCGAGUGUUGGAGGAUGACGGACUCUUGGUUGCCGAAUUGAAUGAAGACGGCAAAAGCUGUUUGGCCGCUGGCGGUGGAAGUGGAGGGUGUUCUGGUAAUUCGUUUCUCGGGAAAUCCGGGCAUACGCGAACCUUAACACUGGAUUUAAAGUUGAUUGCUGACAUCGGACUGGUUGGGUUUCCGAAUGCUGGAAAAAGUACGCUGGUUAAAGCUUUAUCUAACGCAUCGCCGAAGAUUGCUUCUUAUCCAUUUACAACAAUUCGGCCACAGCUCGGAACAAUCGAGUAUGAAGAUUACCGGCAAAUCACGAUCGCAGAUCUUCCUGGAUUGAUCGAGGGUGCUCAUGCUAAUUUUGGCAUGGGUCACAAAUUUUUGAAACACGUUGAACGAACACGACUGCUGUUGGUAAUUGUAGAUGUUUUCGGGUUUCAAUUAAGUCAAAGCCAUAGAAAACGAAAUUGUCUGGAAAAUAUUUAUGCUCUAAAUAAGGAACUGGAGCUGUACGAUAAGACUUUACUAGAAAAGCCAUGCGUUUUAUUAGUGAACAAGAUGGAUAGAGAGGGAGCCAUUGACGAAAUUUGCAAAUAUGAUAAAUACUUCAGUAAUCUGCAAGAUGGUCUACAACACUGUCCAGAAGAGUUGGUACCCAAGCAGCUACUGUCUCUGGAACGUGUAAUUCCUAUCUCUGCCAAAAGCAUGACAGAAGUCGACAAAGUAAAACAAGCAGUUCGGCAAGUACUGGACGAAAAAGCAGCUGAGCGAUUACGCGAUGAGGGUGAUUCAGAUCGGCAAGAUUUAUUGCGUGCAAGGAUAAACGAACGCGGUCCGAAAGUAGGAUAGGUAAAUGUACAACAGAGGUUGUAAACCGAAUCACCGCUCUUCAAUCUCUAGCCUGGUUUUGAAGUAUCCAUUAACAUCAUGUUGCCAUCAUCUGAAAUGUUCGAUUCCCAUAACCGCACAAAGCUUGCCAUA